AUUUGCGGCAUCGACCUCGGCACGACGAAUAGCGCCGUCGCCAUCGUCCGCGACGGCCGCGCGGAGAUCGUGCCGUGUCAAGGCCUUCGCACGAUUCCGUCCGUCGUCGCCCUCGGCCCCGACGGCGCGGUGACGGUGGGCGUAGAGGCGAAGAAAAGAAUGCAAAAGGAUUCGCGCAACGCGCUGCACAGCGUGAAACGGUUCAUCGGACGAAAGUACAAAAAAUGCAAGGCGCAGGCGAAAGACGUGCCGUACAGGGUCGUCCCACACCCCGAGACGAAGUUUGCGGCGAUCGCGGCGGUGGAUGAGAGCGGGGAAGAGUACUUGGUGCUACCGGAGGAGGCGAGCGCGCACGUGCUGCGAACGCUGUUGGACGCGGCGGAGGCCGAGUUAGGAACGACGAUCGAUAAGGCGGUGAUAACGGUGCCGGCGUACUUUGAUGAUUUGCAAAUGGAAGCGACGACGCGCGCGGGACAUCUCGCGGGGUUGAACGUCGUGCGGUUGCUGAAGGAACCCGUCGCCGCGGCGUUGGCGUACGGCGUGGACGUGGACGAAGACGAAACCGUCUUCGUGUUUGAUCUCGGGGGAGGGACGUUCGACGUGAGCGUGCUGGAGGUGGGCGGUGGAACCGUGGAGGUGUUAGCCACGGGUGGCGACCCAAACUUAGGCGGGGACGACUUUGAUCGCAUCAUCGCGGUUUGGCUCGCGUCCGAG